UCGUUGUCUUGCCGUUGUCAAAAUCAAAAGAAAAGGGCAAUCUCCGUAAAUUAGAGGAUAUGCUAUAAAAAAUCAGUAUUACAAUCUUUUUCGAAUUAAUUUGUUGAUUUUACAAUAAAUUUUAUAACGAUUACCUCCUGAAUACAUUUGACUUUUAUUAAUGUGAUUUCGUAAUUACUUUGCGCAACAGGCGCAAAGGAUUCACCUUCAUUUUAUUACGAUGACAAAUGUGUGUCCAGGAUGAGUAAGAUGUCGAAGAAUAAAUUAAAUUUGACCCUCCCACCAGGGUCUAUUGACACUGCUCCGGCAAUUACACCGUCUAAUAUGACCCCGCAGCUGAAAUCUGCCACUGCUACUGAGCGGCAGGGUUUAGCUGGGAAAUCAAAGACAAGUAUAGAAGCCCUGACUGAAAGACUGGAGCAGAUUGAGAUGGAUGACACACAGAGGCGACGCAUUGAAGUGUUCCUCUGUCAGAAGGAAAAGAUUGGUGAACUUAGCGAUGAUGAUUUCGAGAAACUAGGGGAACUAGGACAAGGUAAUGGUGGGGUAGUUAUGAAAGUUCGCCACAAAUCUACAGGCCUGAUAAUGGCUCGCAAGUUGAUCCAUUUAGAAGUGAAACCGGCGAUUAAGAAGCAAAUAAUCCGUGAGCUGAAGGUGCUGCAUGAAUGUAACUUUGCUCACAUUGUGGGAUUCUAUGGUGCUUUUUAUAGUGAUGGAGAAAUAUCUAUCUGCAUGGAGUAUAUGGAUGGUGGUUCAUUGGAUCUUAUUUUGAAGAAGGCGGGAAGGAUUCCUGAAUCUAUUUUAGGAACAAUAACAUCUGCGGUGCUGAAAGGGUUAAGUUACCUACGUGACAAGCACGCUAUAAUGCACCGCGAUGUGAAGCCUUCAAACAUCCUCGUCAACAGCAACGGUGAGAUCAAGAUCUGUGACUUUGGUGUCUCCGGUCAGCUCAUUGAUUCAAUGGCCAAUUCCUUUGUGGGUACAAGAAGCUACAUGUCUCCGGAACGUUUACAAGGAACUCACUAUUCUGUACAAUCAGACAUCUGGUCGCUUGGUCUGUCAUUGGUAGAAAUGGCAAUCGGAAUGUACCCCAUACCACCGCCUGACGCUAAAACAUUGGCUACAAUAUUCGGAGGACAGAAUGAAGAUCAUUCUCCGGGACAGGCUCCAAAUUCUCCACGUCCGAUGGCUAUAUUUGAACUUCUGGAUUAUAUAGUGAACGAGCCACCGCCGAAGUUGCCCGCCGGGAUAUUCUCUGAUGAAUUCAAAGACUUCGUAGACCGCUGCCUCAAAAAGAAUCCUGACGAGCGAGCUGAUCUCAAGACUUUGAUGAACCACGAGUGGAUCCGUCAGGCGGAGGGGGAGAAGGCGGACAUAGCGGGCUGGGUGUGCCGCACCAUGGACCUGCUGCCCGCUACGCCUAACUCUAACGUGUCUCCUUUUUCUUCAUAAGCUGCAAGAAAUGCAUACUUUCAUCAGCGAAAAAGGGUCAAAACAUUUCGCAGGAUAGAGCGGGCGAAAUAAUCAGUGAGGACGCUGGCUGCGAGGAGUAGCCGGGGCGCGAGCGUUGUAUGUCAGCCGCACGCAGUAUCUCAACUCUAGGUACCAUUACCAUCGCCGCAGUCACCGCAGCCGCAGCCGCAGCCGCACUCACCGCAACCGCAACCGCAGCCGCAGUGACCGCAGCCGCAGCCGCAGUGACCGCACAGACCGCACUCUCACACGGCCUCGCGACACACUUCCACCCUACCGAACCGGCCCCACCUCAAACCAUGUUAACACAUUCACUGCCACCUGCACUGCAUCUGGCAUUGAACGUGUUAAUGCAUUGGUUUAUACGUCCGAAGCCGUAUUGUGUGUUAUUCGAUGUUAAGAUUAAUCUAAAACAAAUUUAAAAAAUGUUAUUAUUUGUUCGAAUGUAUUAUCUGUUCAUGUUAACGUGAGUUUAUAUAUAUUAAUACAAUUAAAACAUAACUUGAAGAAGUAGCGAAAAAAAAUAUUUACAGGGAUAACUGUAUUGAAAAAAGUAUUAAAUCGCCAUUUUUUAAUAUAAUAUUAUGCUAAAAUGAACAGAUAAUAUAGUAGUUAGACAAAAAAAUCAUAAUUGUAAUUGAUAUUUUUGAAAUGUUAGGCUUUCUAAACCAUAUACUGGUUAUAUGGUGUAACGAAAGCAUUGUAUAAUUAGAUUCAAACUUUAUGGCGGCUCGGCGUUAGCUGCGCAUGUCUGUAGCCACUGCGGCUGGUAAAACGAUACUUAACAGUUGUGCUUUGCGCACUCGUGAGAACUUUAGAGCCGCCAUAAAGAUGGAAUGGCAGUGUCCUGUCUACAGUAUCGAGGUAUCUGCGACAUAGAGGUGUGAUACUAAAACAUAGUGCAUCUUGAGCGAGUUGUCUUAACAAGAUUAAUAGAACAACUAUUCGAUAAAUGGUCAAGUAGAGUUGAUUUCACUAGUCGCAAGUCGAAAAAAAUGUUUGUAGUGUUUUGACAUAUUUUUUCUUUGCUGAAAGUGCGUAAUUCAUGUCAGCUGAUAAUUGUUGAUUAAAAUAUAGUUUUGAAGGCGUCCACCUUAAUGGAUACGGACGUCUCGAGCGGCGGAGCACUCAAAUAUCAACGAUGCGUCGAUAUGAGAGUGUUCCACAACUCGAAAAACUCAAACACCCUGUAAAAUAUUAAAAAUAUAUUAGAAUACAAGAAAACUGAAAAAAAAAAUAACGCGAGCACGUAUUUUUAUAUCAUAAUGCACUUUUCCGUUUGAUUAGUUGUUUAUUCGCUUUGUUUUAGUCUCCUUUUUACCUCUUAUAUCGAGCACCUUAAUACUACGUAGAGUUUUAUCACCAAGUAUAUUGCUAUACAUUCGCGCUAGGGAUGAGCGAUGCAGCAUUUAACGAACUUCAAUAAAUAAUUUUAGUCAAUGUUAUCGAUAGAUUUUUGCUAAUUUUCUAUCGCUAAAAUUAGUGAUUAAUUAUUUUAUGCAACGAAAUAUAAAUAACAAUUGUAGCUUUUAAAAUAGAUAAAUCGUCGGCCAUCCCUAGUUUCGCUGCUUUUGUGUGAGUGUGACCCCGACUUUAUACGCUACUGCCGUUUAUAGCGGAUUUUUACAUCUAAAAAGCUUUUUGUUGCUAAGUUUUAGACAGAUUAACACGUGUCCCACAGUAGGAUUCCACUGUCGAAACAUUUAGUAUCGCCAGUGGCUCAAUUUAGAGCAAACUUAUGAAUUGGUUAAGAACAUUUUCUUAGGUCGUAUCCACCACUGAGUAUCAAAUGAAUCCAUUCAAAUAUGUAUGAAAUAUACAAUUGUUUUCAUCCCUACCCCCAAAUCCUAAGUCCCGAUUCUACCGUUUCGCGCAGAACACAAUGUUAGAUAAAUAAAUCGUAUUCUGCACGACACAGCAAUUUUAGAUGAACAAUUGUGUUGUGAGCGUUUCAUGCGAAUUUGCGAGCUAACGUAAAGUUUGAAUGGAACUAUACUUCUUGUGUUGUGAUGCCUGCGGUAUGGACGCGACCUAUGUUUCUUGCGUGUGACGUCACCGGCGUAGUUUUCGCUUUAAAUUGCCUCGUCUUCCUGUAGAUAUUUUGUAACUGAAUUUCAAAUGUCUAAACAGGAACGCUAUUGCUAUCCUUGCCUUUUCAAAGGGAAUGAGAGGGAUAGCAAUAUUGUUUUAAUUAGUUGAGACGGUUAAGAUUCAACUUAAGUUUUGCCGCUUUCUAGUAUGAAGUGUUUUGGCUUUUGAUGUUAGAUUUAGCUUAAGACUAAUGCGCAAUUUAGUAAUUUUAAUUACGUGAUUAAUAUUUCUGAGUAGGAACGAAAAAUCGAAUUUUAAUAUUUGAUGGUCUGAUGUUAAAAUUGCGUUCAUAAUUAGUAUUUAAGCGAUAUUUAAAGCAUUUAUACAAGUUAAUAAUUGUGGUCUAUUUUAUUUAGUUUAUACUGCAAAAUAUUUAUUAUUGGUAUUUUAACUUGAUGAACGGAAAAAAUAGAAUAAUUAUGCGACUGCUUGAUAAAAUGUUUUAUCAAUGAAUUUUCAUUUUCAAACAUGUUUCAUGUGUAACCUUCCAUUGUAUUAGUAGACAUAAAAAAAUACAUACGUAUAAUCUGCAUAAAACUCCUUUUAAAUUUAAUCUCUUACUUUGUGUUUCUGCGUCCAAAAUCUUUAUAUAAAAGACAUCGUCAUCAUUGUCAUCUUUGACAACACAGAUAUCAAUGUGUUUUAAUUUAGAAUUUGGACUCGGAAACCCAGGAUUACUGUAUUUUUCCCUUAGUGUAGACUUAGUAAAUUUACACUGAGGGACCCUUUGACAGAUUCUGAGUACUGCAGUGAUUUUUAAUUAUAAAUUUUAUAUUUUAUUAUUUAUUGUACAUAUUUAAACUUUUAAUACUUUUAUAAU